AUGGCAUUAAAUCUACUCGACAGAAGGGCGGAUAUAAGACGCCAAUUAUUCAAUUUUGAUGUUUCGGAUAUUAAUAAUGAAAGUACUUCGGCAAGAAUUGACGACGAGUAUGAAUCUAGCGACCUAACCUCAUAUUAUCGCAAAAAACUAUAUUACAUAAUCAGAUGUUUCUGUUAUACUGGCAAAUUGCCAUACUAUGUGGCAAAAUUACUAUAUGAAACAUGUGUUACAUGUGGUAAAUUGGUGGAAAUUGACACUAGUCGUGUUAAAAUCGGCAACCUAGCCGAUUUACAGCAUUUAGAUCCAACGUUACUCUAUAAUGUAUAUGCCAAAAGUCAUGAAUAUGAGAUAUUUAUCUGUUGUGGCACGUUCUUUAUGGGCGUGUUAUCGCAUGUAUCUAUGAACUCAAAUUUUGAUCAACCCAAAAUUGUCCUAAUCAAACAACUAACCCACACUAGCCAACGCGGUUUGUACCGAACCUUCACGGGACUAAAAAAAGAUGAGAAAAUACUAGAAACUUUGGUACAUUCGUUGCAAAAAUCGCACAUACAAGUUAUUUUCACAUCAUCAUCCAUUCCUAUUUUCCUAUCUAACUUACUUGUAAAGGCAAAUAUUACUUGUGUGGCGCAUAUAUUGCCUAGUGAAUUGGAUAGGUUGGCUCAAGUAACCAAAAGUACAUUGUAUGAAAGUUUGAUCGAUGCAUGUGAAGAUACUAUACAGUGUCAGUUGGGCAAAUUAUUAAUACUGGGAGAUCAGAGAUAUAGGCGGAUAAUUGCAGCAGAAUGCGAUUUCCGUAUGGGCUUAUCUAUAUUCACCAGCACACUUCUAGUUCCAAUACUAGAAAAAUUAUUAGGCAUAACAUUUCGAUUGUUUUCAGAGGAAUUAUUCAUUAAGUCUAUCAACGGCAGUAUACUUCCCAUUACAUCUCUAUCAACUAUCCGCUUAGACGGGAAUAAUGACAAUUGUUUAGGCUCCAAUGAGUUUGAUAAAAAUGACUUAUCACUGGAAUUUUUUGGUACUAGAAAACUUAAAUUGUGUGGAAUGCAGCAAUAUACAUUCAUUGACAAUACAAAUGUGGACUUCAUGAUGCCAUUAAAAACUUGGAUAAAAGAAUUAUUGUUAAAUUGUACUAGAUUUGGUUGCCCAUUUGACAAUUCAGGAUGCAAUGGUAAUUUAUCAGAGCACACGCUCAUAUUCAGCAAUCGUAAGCACAACGUUGAAAUAUCAUUUGUGUACAAUUACAAAUUGUUAGCAUUACCAGACUCCAAUUUUUCAAUAUAUAUUCAAAGAUGUUGUUACAAUUGCAGUGAAAUUACACCGAAUAAGCCGUUUUGUUCCAAUAUAACUCUCUUAAACUUCUUAAAGACACUUUUGCACUUUAGAAUUUUUACCCACAAAUGCAAACGAUAUUCCCAUUUGACUAAGCCAAAUAACUCAUUAAUCAAUCAAUCUGGUACUUUAGAUUGCGAAAAUGGUGUUUUUAACGAUCUUUUCAUAGGUAAUUCAAAGGAGUUACUGUUUUCACUUAUUCCCGAUGACAUGAGGUCUACAUUUCCAUUUCGAAUUUCGUUCAAACUAUUGCCGUUUGAAAGUUAUCAGUUUGUGCCCCUUGUUUCCAAUCAAUGUGAUAUUUCAGUUUUAGAAAAUAACGAAUCCAUUUCUAAAGCCAUGCCAAUUCAAGAGUACCAUGAAGCAUGUCACCAGCAAAAAAAAUAUCCCUAUUUUAUAUCAAAAAGCCAGCCAUACAUACUUGAGUAUAUUGGAUACAAUAUAUACCUUCUUUAUUUCCGGAUUUACCCAGAAUUCAAUGGAAUGGCUCAUAAAUUAGCCGAGGCUCCAUCGCUAGAACUAAUAUACUCAUUGCAUUCGUAUAUCACAAAGUAUAUUUCUCACAAACAAUUUGACAAAUUGGAUUUCCUGAAAAAUUUCCCAUGUAAAUGCAAUGUGAUUGAAUUUAAACCAAAAAAAUCAACCAUACACCGUAUGAUGGAUGAUAACAUAAUUGACGACUGGAUAGCACAGACAGGACUUCACGAAAACGUACAUGAUUAUAUUAAAGAGAUUCGGGAUAAAAAACUGGUUUUUAUCUGUGAAUUAUCGAUUCAAUUGCCUGUAAAGGUUAGUAAAUGUGGGAAAUCAGAUUUCAAAAAUUCUGCUCUAAGGCCUUGUGUGAAUAGGGGUCAUUGUAUCAACUGUAACUGGCAGUGUUUCAGUUCCUGGCAGUCGUUAUACAUUUACAAUUUGAUGUUGUUAGUUUACUCCCUGUCGCAGGAGUUUCAAGUUGAUAGAUUUUAUGUCAAUGAGGCCAUGUGUGAACUUUAUAUCACACAGAUAAUUCAGUGUGAAUUUGCUCUAAAUUGGAAUGAGGUGGAAUUUUUGGCAAAAUUAUCACUUGCUAAAUUUUUUUCCAGCGACAAGAUUAAAAUAUCAAUCCGUAAGAUAAAUUCAACUGGUUCUAGUAAUGGGGGCAAUGAUUUAAAAUCUCCUAUUGGUUAUUCGCGCGUCGGUAGUAAAUCAAAUUUAAAUAAGGCUUAUGACAUUCUAAACGGGCUACGUGUGGAAGAAAUUGUGAAGGGAGUUAAUGUCAUAGCGGAACCUCCUCCUGAGACUUCCAGGAGUGAUUUGGGUUCGAUACUUGCCAAAUUUUUUUCUCAGGACAACAGCGAUCCCAUUAACAUAUCAUUACCUGUGGGAAACAUCAGUUGGAGUGGUGAUAACAAACUAAUGUUAAUUUACUCAGUUAGAAGCAGGACUAAUAAUAAUAUAUCAUUUAAAGUUAGGCAAACAAUAUUUUGCAUGAAUACUAGCUUUGAUUACGAUAUAUUUGACACGCCGCUUAUACAGGUGUGUAAAACGACAAUCUGCCAUGGUAGUAAGAAAUUUGCCAUUGAAAAUUUCUUCGGCCAGCAGUUUUCCCAGCUUCGAUCUUCAUACGGUAUAACCCCUAACCAAUUCAUCAAGUCAAUUUGCAAAUUGGAGAGGAAACAUUCGACGGGCGGUAAAAGUGGAGCCCCUCUUUAUAUAACACAUGAUAGGAAGUAUGUUAUAAAGUUGCUUAAUAAGCAUGAAUUGGAGUGUUUUGUGCAAAAUGGUCUGAAGAUGAUCAAUUAUUUCAGUUCUAACCGAAAUACACUGUUAUGUGUCCCCUUUAGUUGCAUGAAAAUAAACGUAUUGUCUCCAAAGACUAUAUUGCUCAACAAAACUAUAAAAUGUAUAAUAUUACAAAAUGUCGACCUUUGUAAUGAAUAUUGCGCCCAUGUAUACGGGGAAAAGUUUAGUUUUGACUUGAAGGGCGUUGGAUUGCACCGUUCAAACAUCGAAAAAAUAUCAUCGAGUAAUUAUAUAUCAGGAGAUUCAUCCCACACAAAUACUAGUGACAGUUUAAACGAUUCACAGUCAAUAUUAGGAAUAUUUGACACGAUAGGAAUUGAUGCUACUAAAGAAUUUCUUGUAAAAAGUGUAAAAACAAUGGGUAAAGUUAAGUCUUGGGAAACUGAGAUAUACUCACAUCGCAGCGAAGAGUAUGAAGAUGAUAGUCGGGAUGUUGUUCUCUGGGAUAGGAACUUUUUUGAAUAUACCAAAGGAUGCCCAUUGGUUCUGGAAGAGGCAUUACCCAAUUUAAUAGACCAGAUUGAUCGGGACACAAAAUUACUAUCAGAAUUAAACGUUGUAGAUUAUUCUAUGCUUCUACACAUUUAUCCAAAGACAGGAUUGCUCUGCAUGAGCAUUAUAGAUUACCUAAGGCCUUACACUUGGGAUAAACAAGUCGAGACGAUCGGCAAAAAAUUGGCCAAUAUCACCAGUGGCGAGAUGCCAACUGUUCUCUCCCCUCCAGAGUACAUGAAGAGGUUCCAGCAGCAAGUAGAAAAAUUGUUUACUAGCGGAAUAUCAAAGGGAGGCGCUACAAUAAAAUUACAGUUUGCCCAAAUAUUGUCUUCGCAAGUGGAUAAACCACUAAAUACUGUCAAUGAUGUACAAGCCAAUUCCCUAGCGCCUACCAUCUCAAUGGACAGGUUCGUGGUUGGCAAUAUGAGUUUGGGAGGCAAAUUUAUAUCGCCUACUUACAACCGUCUUUCCUUCAUGGAUCAUCAGACGGCCUUACAUUACAACGAAUUUAUCAACGAAUAG